UGUGGCCACGGGGGGGGGCUGUCGGGCAGCGGUGACUCUCCUUUGUUAUUACUGGAGUCUGUUUGAUUGGUCCGCGUGCGUAAAGCACUUAUCAUCCCUCUUCAUGUUUUGGUUAGUUGUGGCACAGCAGGACAGUCUCGUGCAGCGGUCUGUUCCGAGCAGUUGGACUUUUUCAAACUCGGACUCACUUGGAUUUAAUGGGAACACUUUUUGGUCGGUUCUCCAGUGUGCGUAAAGUGAGCGUUAAGAACAUCUACAUACCUUUAUAUCAUGUCCAGCAGUGUUUUGGUGAAAACCCUGGAGGACCUGAGCCUGGACCCGGGCUAUGUGACCGGGGACCCCUGCCCGUCCCUCAGCCUGUCCUCCUCCGGCAGGUCGAGGCAGUCUCCGCUGCACGCGAGGACUCCUCACCGUGGCUCUCUGUACAGCAGGAACGGCAGCUGGGACACGGUGAGCACGCUGCCGGAGGACGCGGCGGACAUCCUGCUCAAGUGUCCCUGUCUGCCCGACGUGGAGGAGUAUCCCUGGACGGAGCAGGAGCUGCGGGAGGUCGUGCGUAAAGUCUCCGAUUCGGAUGCGUCGUUCACCGGAGAGGCAAUCCACCGGCUGUCCAGCCUGCUCCGGAGGGCUUUGGUGCGGAUCUCCAGAGAGGCGCAGCGGCUGAGUGAGCUCCACAGGCGGUGCACACGCCUGGAGGUCCAGAGCGCGGUGAGCCUGGUGCUGAGCUGGGGUCUGGCCGGGAAGUGCAUCUCCUCCGCGGUGAAGGCCGUGUCCCUGCACUGCAUGAGCUCCGGGGACACCGCGCGUCAGCUUGGCAAGUCUGCGCGCUGCGGGCUGACGCUUUCCGUGGGCUGCUUCUUCAGGUGGAUGGUGGAGACACGUGUGUCGGUGCGCGUGCACGAGUACGCCGCUGUCUUCCUGGCAGCUUGUGUGGAGAGUUUGACGGAAGAGGUGGUCGGACGGGCGCUGCUGACUGAGAGGCUGGCCGCGGAGGAGGAGGAGGAGGAGCGGGGCUGCCGGGGCACCUGCUGCCCGGUGACCGCGGAGCUGCUGGAGGGGGCCGUGAACAACGACGCGGAGCUGUGGGGGCUGCUGCAGGUCUACGAGCAUCUGAUGUGUGGCAAAAAUAAGAAUGGCGAGCUGUCGCUGCCGGCCCAUGUCAGCCCGUACACGAAGGGUCCCCGGGUUUCGAUGGAGAGCAGGGAGGACGCCUACAUCCAGCUGGAGCUGCGGACGCUGGAGCAGGCGCUCCUCGCCACCUGUGUGGGCAGCAUCACAGAGCUCAGUGAUCUGGUGUCCCGGGCGAUGCACCACAUGCAGCGUCUGCGCAGCUCGAGCCCGUCAGUCAGCCGCUCAGCAAACCUGCCGUCAGUAUCCUGGGCCGCGGACGCCCUCCGCACACUUUACUACUUCCUGUCCAGCCCGCAGAUGGAGUCACUGGAAAGUCCCAACCUGGAGCCUUCGACCAUGACACUUAGCAGAGAGAGGCCGUUCCUGCUCCUGCCUCCUCUCAUGGAGUGGAUCAGAGUCGCCGUGGUUCACACUGAACAUCGCCGCAGCCUGUUGGUGGACAGCGAUGAUGUCAGACAGACAGCCAGGCAGCUCCUCCCCGGACUGGACUGUGAGCCCAGACAGCUGAGGUAA